UUAAACCCAGUUGUUUUAAAAGUUUUAAUAUUUAUAAUAAUAUACUUUAUUGAUUAUAUUAAAAAAUGCCAAAGGUUGUAUCUCGAAGUAUUGUGUGCUCAGAUUCAAAAGACCAAGAAGAAUAUAACGAGGAAAAACCAUUGCAUAUAUAUUACUGUAUUUGCGGGAAACUGUCAUUGAUUUUAGACUGCAGUAUUGAGAAAUUGCCCUUACGUCAGCGAGAUGGUGCUCGCGUUAUUGACAGCGAAUAUCGUGCACACAAGAUUACAUAUAACGAGGGUAGCACUGUUUAUAUUAAACGUGACGAAGGCAUAGAAAGGCAGUAUCGUCUGAAUUGCAAAUCCUGUGAAUUGCCACUAUUUUAUCGCCACAGUAAAGAAGUGAACGUAACGUUUAUUAUUGAAGAUGCACUGGUCGCAAAUAAAAAAGAUACUGUUUCAAGUACCGGUGAAGCUGAUCCAAAUGGUGUUACGUUUAAUAGUAUCGCUGGAAAUAAAAAAAUAGUGGUCACGAAACAUACAAAAAAUAUGGGUAAAUUUAGUUCUGUGACAGUAUCCACAAUCGAUGAGGAAGAAGAUGAAAUUGAAGCGCGUGAAAUUGCGGACAGUUAUGCGAAUAAUGCACGAAUUAUUGAAAAACAACUGCAACGAAAGCACGCGAAAAGUGAAACAGUAACAGAAGAAUAUCCAGCACCAAAAAAGGCAAGGGGGACUCUUUUGUGAGGUGAAAUAAAAUUGAAUAGCAAAAUUAUUAUACUUCUUUGACAUUAAUAAAUCACUAUAUUAACAUA